GGGCAAACGCAGCCCACACAGAUCAAAGGACUAUCAUGAGCCAUUUGGCUUGCUUGUCUUUUUAAUGGGGUUUUAUAAAGGGGCUCAUUCAAAAGUCAAAACGGCGUAAGAUGCGAUUUCACGCCUUUUUAGGUUCAUCCUUAAGUGGUCACCAGUACACGAUAACAGCUGUGUGUCAGACGGUGUGUAUGUACGUCUGUUUAUACGCUCUGAGAUGAACGGACACUUGAGCGUCCCCCGGCAAACGAAGCGGGCAGCACGCGCCAGUUUCCGUUCAUCUCUCCGGUUGCUGGGCGCCAAGAUAAACUCACGCUCUGUUUGAGCAGAACACAAUUACAGACGCGCGCGUAAAUAUUUGCUCAGAAAACAGACUCCCCGCGAGCUUUGGGUAUAAAUGAGCAAACCGCUAAUUAUCCAUGACGCGAACGGACAGCACGACUUCGCGAGCGACAUCCAUAGCAUUACACGUAUGGCAGCAAGUGUUAUCAGGACACUGAGUAAUCUGGGUAAUCUGGGUUUGGCGAAACCCUUUCCUCCUUGCUUCUUUCCGGCUGAGGAUGAGGAAGAGACUGAAGAAGAAUAUGAAGAGGAUCUGAGAGAGGACAGUUUGGAGGAGGAAGAGGAUGCAGUAGCAAGAGAGUCGCAAGAGGAAGAGCCAUGGAGUUUUGAUUCAUCCCCCAGUAACGGUGAGAUGACCAACCAGCUCCUGCGGUUUGCUGAACUCAUCAGCAACGAUGUCCAGCGCUACUUUGGGCGAAGCCAAGACCCUGAUGCCUGUGACAUUUAUGCAGAGAAACCAUGUCCGAAAGUCGGGGGCCGCCAGCGAUACUAUGCCGACUUCAUCAAAGUAGCAUCAUCAGGGCAGGCGGAGGAGCCUGAGUCGCUCGGGCCCCUUGCAGAGCUCUUUCAAGAUGCUCAAAGGAAAGGGCGGGGUUUACCCAUGAGCCAACGUCACCUGCCAGUCAGCUUCUGGACAGAGCCUUUCGCACAACAACUUGACAUGUUAGGUGAUACAAGCAUGCAAAAUAACUCGCUCAGUAUGAUCAACACAUCGGAGAGCUCCAUUAACAUCAACACAUCAUUGAGCAUGUUCAGUAACACGAGCGUUUGCACCAUGACCAGCUCCAGUAUCUCAGGGACUCUCAGUAGCUCAAGCACCCCAGACUUCAGUGAUUUACUUGCUCACUGGGCCAUGGACAGAGAGAAUCCCAAUGAAUUCAACUGUGACUAUCCACUAACAUAAUCAAUCAGCCCAUCUUCCACACAAAAUAUCAUGUUAAUUUGUUCCUGAUACAUUUCUUCUUGUUCGUACUUAGUAGUUUUAAUUUGUUGUAACCUUAUUUUUGUAAACUUAUUUUAUUUUAUUACAUUUUUAAUUUUAUUUUAUAUCUGCUAUUUUUGGCAGUGUAUUAAGUACUGCUUUUUUUUUUUAAAUACUACUUAGUUUAAUUGAUUAUUCUUACGCUCAAGUUUGUUUUCAUGUAUAAAAAGAGCAUCAUUUUGCUAAAACAUGUAUGCAACAAUUUGCUAU